AUGAAUCUCGCUCAGGAAUCUGAAGAGGCUCUUCGAGAGGCAGCUGCUAGUGGAAACGCGAAAGCAGCCAUACAUUACAUCCAAAACGGAGUCAAAGUCAAUGCGCAGAAUCGCAUGAAUCAAUGGACUGCACUGCACUGGGCUAGUCACCGAGGAUAUGCUCAAAUUUGCACAAUCUUGCUACAAAAUGGAGCUGAUGCAACCCUAGCCAACUUGAAAGGCCAAACUGCUGCUGAUUUAGCCAAGAAUGCUGAUGUCAGAAAACUAUUUGGCCUAUCAGUUGAAGAAGCCAAACCCGAAAUUGCAACACCAGAAGCUCCUGGCUUUGUUCCUACAUAUAUUCGAGAACCAGAUUUAUCAAAAGCUUGGAGUCUUCCUGGAGAUAGUCCAAGCGCUCUACCUCCUGCGAGUACGACUUGGACUAGUCCAGCUGCCGAUUCGACCACCAUAGCAUCAACAUCAUCCACACGACGAGAUUUACUGGUGUACAAUGGGAAGAGAGACGACGAGUUCUUGCUUGGCUCAGUUUGGGUGGAUAAGCAAUCAAUAGAACAGACGAUACAGCAAAUACGGGAAGAGUUGGAUGACGUACCCGAGGGUGAUUUCGGUGUUGGGCGGCAUAAUGGUGAAAGAACAAUACCGAUCAACAAGAAGCAAAGAGCACUGAACACUCUUGACUUCUUUCAGCCAGGGGAUGCUUUAGUCAUUACCAAAAAGGACUAG